GGAGCAAGGUUGCAAGCAUUUUUAGAGAAUCGAUAUACUUUUCAGACCUUACGGACCCUGUUCAAAAGAAAACAGAAAUCAUCGCUUUCGUUUUGUAAACCUGCACAAAACUCUUCUUCGCAAUCAAACGAUUUUGCAGUCUUUACGUCUGUGUAUCUGGGUAUGUGGGCUUCGAGAUUACAACGAUCUGGCGUUCUCCGUACGUCACGGAAUGAUAAUGCAAAUUUGUUCGUUUCCAGGUGUAGAAGACGUGCCAUCGCCGAUGAUACGUCGGCAGUGAGAAAGCAACCACCACCACAAAACGCUCAGAAUCGAUCCUACGAAUAUUAUCGCAGACAGCGCCAAGGGUCCUGGUUUGGGAAUGGGCAACGAAAUAGGAGGCUGUCGGCCGAAGAACGCAAUAUUCAGGUCGCUUGGUACAUGACCGCAGUAGUGGUUGGGGCACUUGGCGCAGCCUACGCUUCUGUGCCGUUGUACAAGGUUUUUUGCCAGGCGACAGGCUUUGGUGGGACUACGCAACGAGUGAAUUUCGAUGGGGAAGAACCAAGUGCCCUAGAGAAAACAAUGCGGUCACUGGUUCAGACUAUCGCUCCCAAAUCUUCGGCGAAGGUACAUACAUGGACGGACGAAGAAGCUGCUCAGAAAUUGGCAUCUCUACGGCCAGUCCAAAAUGCCAACCUCGUUACGAUUCGAUUUGAUUCGACCGUGAAUGACACCAUGCCCUGGAGCUUUCAGCCAAUAGCGCUGGAUGUGAAGGUUGUCCCAGGAGAGACGGCGUUGUCGUUCUUCCGUGUAAAGAAUCACUCCGACAAAGCAAUUACUGGAGUUGCGACCUACAAUGUAUAUCCACCCAAAAUGGGUUUAUAUUUUCAAAAGAUUCAAUGUUUUUGUUUCGAAGAGCAGCGACUUCUUCCAGGAGAAACAGUGGAUAUGCCGGUUUUUUUCUUCAUAGAUCCGGAGAUGCUUGACGACCCGCAAGUAAGCUACGUCACCGACGUGACACUGAGCUACACGUUCUUUCAAACUGAUGAGGAUGACGACGACGACGACGAUGACAGCGACGGCGAUGGCGACGAUCAAAACUAAAAGUACUGGUCCAAAAGAAUAAAAAUUUUGUCGACGCUAAUACCAGUGCAAGUAAUAUUUAUUAAAAAUUACCCAAGACU